UGUGGAGAAAGCGCUUGGCGGCGAGAGCCCGUCUAGCGAUCGAUUACUACUGUCUGUCUGAUGUAAAGAUGGACGCCUGUCGAAAUGGGUAAAUAAACACAAUAAGACAUUAGCGUGGCUGAGAUUGCGGUUAUAAUUAAAAAGUGCCUCUGAAUGUAAUGACGGUAUAGUUUGGUCUAAAGUCGUACUUUGAGUGAGGAGCGGAGAGGCGCACAGCCGCAGUGCAGCAGCACCCCGGGACGAGUCUUUACUCAGCCCUAUUUCUUCAAAGUCUCAUUCGACUACAAAUGUGUAUCUUCUCGGGCCCACACCGGAUAGACUAAAUGAGGGACUCCCCGGCACCGCUCGGCGUCUUACCUGUUCUGACCGAUGCUUGCUGCGCUACAGCAUGACCACAGCAGUCUCGGCUCAUCUGCUACAUCUGUCAAAUGAAAAUGGAGGAGGUUUCGGUGUCCAGCCUGGACAACAGCAAGCUGGAGGGCCUGGCUCAGGACAUCCUGUCUGACUUGGUGGAGGAUGCCUGUCUGGGUCUGUGCUUUGAGGUCCACAGGGCAGUCAAACAGGGCUAUUUUUUCCUGGAUGACACAGACCAAGAAAGCAUGCGGGACUUUGAAAUUGUGGACCAGCCAGGCCUGGAUGUGUUUGGCCAAGUGUUCAACCAGUGGAAAAACAAAGAAUGUGUUUGUCCCAACUGUAAUCGGAGCAUUGCUGCCUCCAGGUUUGCUCCUCACCUGGAGAAAUGUCUGGGAAUGGGACGCAACAGCAGCCGUAUAGCCAAUCGCAGAAUUGUCACUGGUAACACUACCACCACCACCAACAACAACAAUAACACAAACAACAAGUCUGAAAGUGACCAAGAGGAUAAUGAUGAUGUCAAUGACAAUGACUGGUCCUAUGGGGCAGAAAAGAAGGCCAAGAAAAGAAAAUCUGAAAAGAAUCCAAACUCACCCAGAAGAUCAAAAUCUUUCAAACAUAAGAGCAGUUUAAUGGGCCCUAGACGUCGCAUGGAAAAUCAGGAAAGCCCUUGCAUGAUGAUGAAAGAGGAGGCAUUCCCUCAAUAACACCUACACGCACAGGAAGACUGUAAAACUUCUGCCUUUAUUUUAAGAUGCAAGGACGUUUCAGUUAUAGGGGACUUCUAUAGUGUUUACUGAUGAGCAAAAGCAGCCAGUCCUUUUCCAUACUUGACAGUACUUGACAAAACCAAUUCUCACUAUUAUUUUUGUUUUUAAAUGAUUUGCUGGAGUCCAAAGUAUAUGAAUAUUUCUACAUGCUUUUUUACCGCACAAACUUGUCCAGUGGCCAAGCAGGACUUAAGCAAUGUUGCUGCAACAUUAUGCAUAUAUAAAAGUUAAGCAUCAGGUGUCAGUAGGUCCUACUGUUGUUUUCAAGUAGAUAAAAAAAAUGUGUCACAAUAUUGGACAAUCAUGACAAAGUGGUUGUCUUUCAUAUUGGCAGUUUUUGGUAUGCUUAUGUGAAACCUGGGGAUUAUCUUGAGAUAAGUAGGUUAAAUGAAGGGGUAAUUAUAAGUGCUAGAAGCAGCUGUAUUUGCUUCUGUUGAUAAAUCAGCUAAUUUUCUAGCAUUCUCUACUCAUGUGUUUACAUUGUAAAGGCUUAUAUAGGCUAUAUUCUUGGUGUGAUGUGUAUAUAUUACAAUAGUCAAAAAUGCUGCUAUCAUGACUGAGUGUAUUUCAUCUGUUUAGCGUAAUAAAUGAUUUAUCGGUCAAAA